GUCAUGACAACAACGUCGCCGCCGCCGGCGGGGUGCCAAGACCAUGCAACACCAAGCGGAGGCCAGGCCAGAGUCGGGGUCCAUGACACCCGCCCCCGCUACGACCCCUACCCCGGUCUGGGCUGCGGCUGUCGGUAACGUUGCAGAACUUACUGGCAGUCUCCAAGAAUAUUAUUGUGAGCUAUGUAUGGAAAAGUCCCAGGAAGUUAAACCUUUUAUAUUACACAUACUCCAAGAAGUAGAUGAAGAAAUUGGAAAGGGAUUGGAAGGAAUCACAGUAAACAUUGCUGGUAAUAGUCGCUUAAUGAUGGUAGAAAGAAUAACAGGUGAAGAUUUUUGGAUUCUUUGCAGAAUUUUAAAGAAUAAUCCAUAUAUUAAUGGUUUGGAUGUUAGAUAUAACCGGAUAAGUGAUGUUGGUGCAUACUAUGCUGCAAAACUGCUUCAGAAACAACAUAAUCUCAUUUACUUAAACCUUAUGUUUAAUGACAUUGGGCCCGAAGGUGGAGAAGUUAUUGCUAAAGCACUACAUAAGAAUACAACUCUGAAACACCUAAGAAUGACUGGAAACAAGAUCAAAAAUAAAGGUGGAAUGUUUUUUGCUACAAUGCUACAAAUUAAUUCAUCCUUAGAGAAAUUAGAUCUGGGUGACUGUGAUCUGGGGAUGCAAAGUGUGAUAGCAUUUGCUACAGUCCUAACUCAAAACCAAACAAUUAAGGGAUUAAACAUAAACCGACCUAUACUGUAUGGUGAACAGGAAGAGUCCACAGUUCAUCUAGCCCACAUGUUGAAAGAAAAUCAGUGCCUUGUUGAACUACACCUGUCUAAGCAUGAUAUAAAAAAUUCUGGUAUGAAACACUUAUGUGAUGCACUGUAUCUGAACAGAUGCCUACGCUACCUUGAUAUAAGCUGCAAUAAAAUAACUCAGGAUGGAAUGGCGUGUUUGGCCGAUAUACUGAAAAGCAAUACUACCCUGGAAGUAAUAGAUCUUUCUUUUAACAGAAUAGAAAACGCAGGAGCAAACUAUCUCAGUGACACUCUUGCUGCACACAACAGGACUCUUAAAGCGUUGUCAGUGGUAAGCAACAACAUAGAGGGAGAAGGACUUGUUGCACUUUCACAGUCAGUGAAAAGAAACCCCACAUUCUCUAAUAUCUACAUUUGGGGAAACAAAUUUGAUGAAGCUACAUGUGUGGCAUACUCAGACUUAAUUCACAUGGGCCAUCUAAAACCUGACAAUACAGAUGUGGAGCCAUUUGUAGUGGAUGGACAUGUGUACCUUGCAGAAGUCUCCAAUGGCCUUAAAAGGCAUUACUACUGGAUACCUGGUUAUGGAGAAGCUUGCAGCCAAUCAUCUAAUGCAGGUUUUAGUCUUGUACCCAUAGGUCAACAUCUAUGAAAAACAAGCUUUAAAAUAAUUUUUACACAUUUGUCUUAUUACUUUCACAGAAAUUAAUAUUUUAUUGUCUAUUAAAAUUUUUCUUUCAUAAAUUAGAACAAGUUACUUUCAUUAGUUAGGUAAAAGAGAUAUUAAAGUUUGAGUAACUGUCCGUUGUGAACUGAAUAAUUUAAAACAAAAAUUAUAAACUUGGGACUAAAAUUUGAAUGCCUGGAGAAGGAAAUUGAGGAACUGUAUUUCUUUUUAUAAAGAAAAUAUUACCAAAUAGAAAGGUCAUAAUAGGUAUCCUAACUGAAAGUUGUCACGAAGUUAUAAAAAGAUUUCAGGUGCCAAAAUCCCAGGGAACUUCAAAUAGUUUAGAAGUUGAAAAACUAAAUUAUAUCAGGUAUUUUAAGAUGGUUGUUGAUACAAUUUCACAAAUACAGGCAAAUACAUAUUAAACACACACAUAUACAAAUACAUAUAGAUGUGUAUUUUCCACACAAGUCAGUGCUGCCAGUUAACUUUUUUUUUUUUUUUCUUUUUUGGCUGCCCUGAGGCAUAUGGAGCUCCUGGGCCAGGGAUCAGAUCUGAGCCACAGUUGUGACCUAUGCUGCAGAAUGUCCUUUAACCCACUGUGCUGGACAGGGGAUCAAACCUGUGUCCUGGCGCUGUGGAGAUGCCGCUGAUCCCUUUGCACCACAGUGGGAACUAUCCAAUGAACCUUUAAAGGUAAUUCUUUCUUUGGGAGGAUGCCGGUAACAUUUAAUGAUUUGAUGGGAAAUAACUCCUGUUAUCUAUGGCCAAUCUUGUUUUCAAAUCAAGAUUUAUAUGAAGAGGCAAACAGACAUUAUAAUUCUUCAAUUACAGACCUGUGUUCACAAAUCUAUUAAUUUAUACAUAUGACAAGUGCUUAAUUUGAACUAUUUAUUAUUAUUAAAGCUAGGGCAAAAUGUGAGGAAAAAUAUGUGGACAAUUUAAAGAGGUUACUUUAGGUUCUGCAGUCUAAAAGAAAAAAACAUCUAUCUCUAAAUGUUGAGAGUUAGGAGGUGGAAUAAAGGUAGCUGUCAGCUUUAUAGUUGUCAAAGUAUUAGCCUUCAUUUAAAGUAUUGUGAGGAGUUUCCAUUGUGCCUCAGCGGUAACAAACCCAACUAGUAACCAUGAGGACUUGGGUUAGAUCCCUGGCCUCACUCAGUGAAUGGGUUAAGAAUCAGGCACUGCUGCGAGCUGUGGUGUAGGUUCCAGAUGAGGCUCGGAUCCCACGUAGCUGUGGCUGUGGUGUAGGCCAACAGCUGUAGCUCUGAUUUGACCCCUAGCCAGGGAACUUCCCUAUGCCAUAAGUGCGUCCCUAAAGAGCAAAAAAAAAAAAAAAAAAAAAAUGUUGUGAAUUUAUUCUAAAAAUUUAACAUUACAAAGAAAUUCAUGUCUUAUCCAUUCCUUUAGUAUAUUAAACAAUUAAGAUAAAUAUUCCCUAAUCACUAUUUAAUGAUGUUUAGUUUAACAGGUCUUUCCUUAUACUCAGCACCUAAUACCAUCUUUCCAUACUCCCUGGGGAAAUGCAGUAGGGGUGAGGAGGUGGGCACAGAUAACUGCGGUAGUUAUAAAAAGGGAAGAAUAUCUGAAUAAAUUAUAUGAGCCAUUAUUUUCAUGGAAUGUUGUGGAGGUACUGAGCCAAGAAAGACCUAAAUGGCUUACCAAAUCCAUUCUCAUGCUUUCAGAGAGAUGAAUUUGUAUCAUCCAGGACACAUGGUUGCUGUCAGGUUGAGGUCUGUGCUGAAAACCAAAAUCUUAAAACAUCUGGAAUUGUUUGAAAAAUACACACUCAUUAGUUCAUGUUAAUAACAAAAUGUGUGAAAUGAAUCUCAGAUUUUUGGGGGAUAAGUAGUGUUUAUAUAUUAUAUUAAAAGAAAACUACUGCAAUCCGAUAACGGAAUUUUAGAAAUAAUAUGACCUCUCACUGUUGUAGAAAACACUUACUGAAGAUUUGCUGUUAUCAGAUGUUUACAAUGGACCCGACAAAACUGUGUAGACUAAAGAAUUCUACAAGUGACUUUAUGUAUCCUGACAUUUAUUCUAAUUUUUACUAAUUCUUGAUUUUACCCUUAGUUAUUAGGUUUUAUUGACCUUACUUUGCAAUGUUGUUUCAGAUUUUACUUUCUUUCCAUUUUAAGAUCUCUUUAUUCUCUGCAAAUAUGAAGACUUGUUUUUUUUACAAAUUUCUUUUACAUUAUUACAUGCUGAAUAUAGCUAGAAUUAUUUAUACUAAAAAAAGUUGUAUGUCCGAGGAAAGUCUUAUCUCUGUAUUGUUAAAAAUGCAAUAGGAAAUGAAAAAAAAAUUUCUUUUGAUCAAAUUUGAAAAACCGCAGAAUUCAAUGAAUGCAAGAAAAUCAUACUAUAGGAAAAAACAUAAACUUUUUUUUUUUUUUUUUUUUAAGGCUGCACUCGUAGCACAUGGAAGUUCCCAGGCUAGAGGUCAAGUAGGAGCUACAGCUGCUGACAGUACACCACAGCCACAGCAACUCGGGAUCCCUGACCCACUAAGCGAGGCUAGGGAUUGAACCCACAUCCUCACGGAUACUAGUUGGAUUCAUUUCCACUGUGCCACAAUGGGAACUCCCAAAAAUACAAACUUUUUUUUUUUUUUUUUUUUUUUUUUUUGCCAUUUUUUGGGCCGCUCCUGCGGCACAUGGAGGUUCCCAGGCUAGGGGUCAAAUCAGAGCUGUAGACACCAGCCUACGCCAGAGCCGCAGCAACUCGGGAUCGGAGCCACGUCUGCAGCCUACACCACAGCUCAUGGCAAUGCCAGAUCCUUAAAGCACUGAGCAAGGCCAGGGAUCGAACCCUCAAACCUCAUGGUUCCUAGUCGGAUUCGUUAACCACUGAGCCAUGACGGGAACUCCCCAAUACAAACUUUUUUUUAAUAACUGUCAUUACAUUUGGAAAACAUUAAGCUGGUGAGGAAAUGCUACUUCUGGCAAUUAAGAGCCAAUAAACUCAGGCUUGAAUAACAGUAUGACAGACUUCUUACACUUGACUAUCUGUUCAGAGAGUAAGGAUAGUUUAAACUGAAGAUACUAAGUCAAAAAUUUUUAAAGUGUCAAGCAUCAGAAUCACCUGGGGCAAAUGUUGAAAAUCCAGAUUCUUGGAGUCAGACUUAAUGAAUCAGAAUUUUUUUUUUUUUUUUUUUUUUUUUGUCUUUUGUUGUUGUUGUUGUUGUUGCUAUUUCUUGGGCCGCUCCCGCGGCAUAUGGAGGUUCCCAGGAUAGGGGUUGAAUCGGAGCUGUAGCCACUGGCCUACGCCAGAGCCACAGCAACGCGGGAUCUGAGCUGCGUCUGCAACCUACACCACAGCUCACGGCAACGCCGGAUCGUCAACCCACUGAGCGAGGGCAGGGACCGAACCCGCAACCUCAUGGUUCCUGGUCGGAUUCGUUAACCACUGCACCACGACGGGAACUCCUGAAUCAGAAUUUCUGAGGCUAGUCUGGGGACUCUGCAUUUUACAAUCCAGGUCAUCUUAAUCUCACUGAAGUUUAAAAGCCAAUGCUCUGGUUUUCUCAGUCUUCAAAUUAGUUGUUUUUUUUUUAAAUACAUACUUCUUUUUAAAUGGAAGUAUAUAAGUGAACAGCUAGAUUAAUUAUUACAAAGCUAACCCAUCUGUGUUAACCAUGACCCAGAAAAAGAUAGUAAACCCCACAAGCUUCCCAGAAACUCCAACUAUUCCAACAGACAACCACUAUCAUGAUGUCCAAUGCCACAGAGUAGUUUUGCAUGUUUUGGAGUGUUAUCUAAAUGGAGUUAUACAGUAUAUAUACUCUUUGUAUCAGACUUCUUUUGUACAUUAUAUUGGUGUAAUUCACUCAAGUUGUUUAUGUAGCAGUAGUCCCAUCUUUUAUUGUUUUGAAGUAUCCCCAUACAGGCUGGAUAGAGGAGCAGCCUAUUGGAUUCUGACACUCUCAAGCUAAGACACAGUAACAUCAAAGUAAACUUUAGUAAUGCAGUUUGCUUUCCCAGGCUACUCUUAUUCCUGUGUGCUACAGAGGGGACCCACAAGUUCCUAUAGUCUCCCAAGGGGAGACUCAGAAGGUAGCUGAUUGGGAAGCAGAUAGGAAAUGAAUGAGAAAUAAGUAGGCUUACCUGGAGCCUUCAGUAGAGUGGCAUGUGCUAAACCUGUAAACUGACUCACACAGGAUUGUUUGACAUUUUUACAGAAGUCUCAGAAUUCUCUUCUCCAACCCAAGAGAACUAAGGUGAAGCCAAGUCAGUGGAGAACUACUGGACUCUGAUCAGGCUAGGAAAAACCUGAUCACAUAUUUCAUAAGCUUUUACCUAUUGCAUCAGAGGCCAGUAAGAUGUCCAGAAAAUGGAAGAGUAAAGACACUAAGACAGUGUCUUCUUCCCUGAUGCCAUUACAUCAUAUAAGUCACCUCUUCCAUACAUGUGGACACCAUUUUAGAGAGAAAAAGGGUUAUUAUUUCUAGGUAGCAAUUUUUGAAAUGUUUAAGCAUUACCUUAAGAUAUAAAUUCUAUCUCUUUUAUAUCAGACUAGGUUUUAAAGUGGCUAAAACUAAAAGUUAAUUUUUUCCUAAACUUCCCACUAGGUGGGAGCUCAAGAGUAAGAAUACAUAAUAAGUUCUGUAGGAAAAUUCCUCUUCCUCUACACAUCUGAACUGCAAUGAGUAUAUCUGCAACAAUAUAUGUGUUAUGUGUUUCCCUUCCAUUUUCCUCUUGGCAAUCCUCCUUUAAGAUCCAGCUCAAGUAUAGCCUCAUUUUAUAUUGUUGCAUACUCUAUUUUGCUCAUCAUUUAACAGUGUUUCAAGUUUGAAAGCAAAAAAAGCAAGAAAUAAAGUGGUUUAUACUUUUUAGAUAUUUGAUAAAAUGACCUUGUUUGCUGUACUUGCUCUGCUUUUCAAACUAAAUAGGCAUAUUCAUUAUGUCUUAUCUACUCCUCAAACCAUAUCCACUUGGCUUCUACUCCCACUAUUAUUACUGCAGCUGCCUUUCUCAAAGGAUUAUCAUGCUCCAAUUACCCAACCCAAUGUUGUCUUUGAUUUGCAUCCUAUUUAAUUUCUCCGUAUCACGUGAUCCGUACAAAGCUACUUUUGUCUUCAUGAAACUUGUACCACCCUGGUUUUCUUCCUGUUAUCACUUUUCAUCUCCUUUUCUGUCUUUUGCUCAUUCUUUAAAUGCAUCUUUCCCCAAGUUUGUCCUCAUCUUUUUGUUGUUCUGUACCAUCUCCCAGGGUUGCCUAAAUCAUUCCUAUCACAGUAGUUAUUAGCCUUAUGCUUCAAGAUUUAUAUCUCUAGCUUUAACCUCUGUUGAGUUUCAGUCACCAUUUUCAAUCACUGCUAGACAUUUUCACAUAGGUAUCACAGUCACCAAUCAAAUUCAGCACUUAUAAAGUCUUCUCUUCCAUAAACCUCCACUUAGGAGUUCCCGUCCAUGGCUUAGCAAUAAUGAAUCUGACUGGCAUCCAUGAGGACACGGGUUGCAUCCCUGGCCUCACUCAGUGGGUUACGGAUCCGGCGCUGCCAUGAGCUGUGGUGUAGGUCACAGAUAUGGCUCAGAUCCUGUGUUGCUGUGGCUGUGGUGUAGCAGCAGCUCUGAUAUGACUCCUAGCCUGAGAACCUCCAUAUGCUGCAGGUGUGGCCUGAAAACAAAACACAAUAAAACCCUCCACUUAAUCUUCCCUAUCACAGUCAAUGACAUCACCAACUCUUCUAUCGCUAAGGAUUAAAACUCAGGUGUCUAAAUCGGGGUCUGCCUAACUACAGGGAGCAGAAACUGACUCAAGCCUGUUUAAGAAAAGGGAUUUACUCUAAAGAUUUAAUAGGCAAAAGUCAAGGAAACAAAGCACAACUAUGCAACCUCAAGAAACCAAGCGACUUCUCUCACUCGGGGCCUUAAUCACUUGGUUUGCAAACCUACUUUCAUCCCCUUGCUUCAUUCUAUAGACCAGCUUUCUUUGCUUCUUCACUAUUUCCUUUCCACUCUGACUUGCUUGGCUGACUCUGGGUCACUUUAAAAUGAUCUUUUUUAUUUACAUAUAUACCAAAACCUAGUCAGUCACUGAAUUUCAUAGCUUAAUUUCUUGAGAAAGCAGCUCAGUUUGGCCUAAGAAUUGUUUCUCCCUGGUAAGGUGUUCCAUUGGCUGUGGUCACAGGUAUGGAAUUGUGUUACAAAUGUGGCUGUCUAAUCCCUACCCUUCAGCAGUCAACCGUGGUUGAAUGUGUGAGAUCCUGGAUUAUAAAUUUGCCUAUCUAAUCCCAUCCUUUCAGCACAUGCUGAGGGCAGAGGACUAUUUCAAGAUGAUAUAGGCACCUUUCAUAUUUUCUCUCCCUUCUGCCUACCUCAGCCAGCUGUGUACAAACUCCUCCAUUAGCCAUCUCUUCUUGUUUGCCUAUCCAGGGGAGCAAGAACCCUUUCUCUGUCCCUUCAAUUUCCACUGGCUGCUCAGCAUUUCCUUUCUUGCCUUCCUCCACUUGGCAUUCUGGCUUGUUUCAUUGCUAGUUAUACUCCUGCUUAUCUUUCCCAUUUGACUAUAAACUUGGAGAUAAUCUUACUCAUCUUUGACACUUUAUGUUUUCUGAUUUCAGUAAUUUUACAGCAUUCAAAAUAAUGGCCCAAUAUUUUAAAUCCAAAUAUAUGAUUCACAUCCAUGGUGUUUAUUUUCAUAUAUUCCUCUUGAAAUUAAACACCCUAUUUCUGAAUGACUACUAUGUUUACAUGGUAAUUAUCUAAAUUCCUUAGGCAAAUAUACCAAAUCCGUUGAAUGAAAGGGGUCAAGAGGACAGAGAGUAGCUCUCUUACUGUCUCAAGAAAUGCUCCAAAAACUAAAUCUCAGUAUUGUUCAUGUAGAAUUUAAAGAAACUGCAUUAAAAUACAAUUUCUUUGGUGGUAUUUCCAGCCAAAUUCUAAAAACUCAAAAUCUCUGAGUAAAAGGUGGAAAGUUUUAUCAAGAGCUUAAUUAUCAAAAGCCCAUAUAUCAGGAGCCUAAAGGAAGAACACCAAGAAAUGUUUAGGAUAAUAGUUCUCAAUAUUUGGUAUAUUCUGGCAUGUUUUGGAGAUCAUCUAAUUCAGAGGGCCUAAGGUGGGGUGGGGCUUUGAUACUACUAUUUCAAAAGUAUGUUUCUGUAUGCAUCAAAUGUUAGAGGUUUUGUUCUAGGAGAUUUUAAGAAACAAGUGCAUGUAUAUUAAUUGUCUUUAUGUAAGCACAUUUCAACUACUCUCAUCUGCACAAUUUCUGCAGAAAUGAAACAUACAGAAAAGGACUGAUAAACUGCUGCAGCAGAACUGACAGACCUUUUCUUUUGGAAAAAACCCAAUUUUCUAAAAUUUAUCAAAAUCAUCCUAUGAAAUUAAACAUAGAAUACCAUUUAAAAACAGAAAUCACUUAUAUAUAAUCUAUGGUUUCUUUUUAAAAAGCCUAAAAUCUAACAGUACAGUAGGAAUAAUCUAAUACAAAUGCAAAACAAAAUUAAUUUAGAAAAUUAUUUGUUUCUCAAUAAAAUCUUUAGCAUUUUAAAAACCUUUCAAAAAACUUAAUUAGGAAUAGACCUUUCCCGAAACACUGCAAUGUAACAAAUACAUUUAAAUCUGAACUUAACUAAAAUGAUAUUUAUGAGUGUUAGACUACCAAUACAACUAAAAUAUAGGUAUACUAUGAUAAAAAAAAAAUACAGCAUUAUGAGAAGAAUGACGACAGGAUAAUCAGGCUUCAAGCUUUCUUUACAUGUCAUCUGGAAAAGCAUCAAGCCAUGCCAAUUAAAAACAAUUAUUUUAGCUAAGAAGCAGAUAAUAUGAUGAAGAAAAGCUUAAUAAAUCAACUUAGCCACUCCAAUCCAAUAAUCCUAGAAAUAAUAAAUUUGAAAGCUAAUUUAUGUAAUGGAAAAAUGCAGAUUACCAUUGUACUAGAGGAAAUUUGGUAACUACUACCCUUAUGGAAUUAUGAUUAUCAGUGUAGCAGUUUUUUGUUUUUUUUUGGUUUUUUGUCUUUUUGCCAUUUAUUGGGCCGCUCUCACGGCAUAUGGAGUUCCCAGGCUAGGGGUCUAAUCGGAGCUGUAGCCACCGGCCUACGCCAGAGCCAUAGCAACGCGGGAUCCGAGCCGCGUCUGCAACCUACACUACAGCUCACUGCAACACCGGAUCUUUAACCCACUGAGCAAGGCCAGGGAUCGAACCCGCAACCUCAUGGUUCCUAGUCGGAUUUGUUAACCACUGUGCCACGACGGGAACUCCGGUGUAGCAGUUUUUAAACAGGAAUUUUGUUGAUCAGAUGCUUGGAUUAAUGAAAAUAUGAAUUAAAUAAAACCUCUCCAUUUCAAUAGA